CUGACAAUCUUCCUUCCAUGGUUCCCGAUCCUACUUGGAUGGAUUCUGGUUGCAUCCUGUCAUGACACAUCUCGGUACGACAAUUCUGUGAUCCACACGUUUGACACCAUGGAAAUGUGCAUGUCACGAUGUCGUACAAUCUGCUCUCAACAUCAUUCAGAAGAUCUUAUGAUGCCUCGGUGGCAUUGUCCCGCUCAGGUAUGA